AGUAAGACAACCAAGUUCAUAAAAUAACGUAAUCGAAAAUUUCAUUUCUUGCCUUGACUGGCCUACGAAAGCAUCUCGACAUUGCAAUCGAGUUGGCCAUGGAAACCGACGCGACGGUGGCAGAAAUUUUAUUAUACAUAUUCUAAGCCGUCGCGAUUUUUAACGUCGCUCAGUUGAUAGUUUGCCUUUGUGGUGCAUGCAUUAAUAACAAUAAAACUCGCUUGCGAACCAAGUUAAUACAUUACAUCCUCUUUUUUUUGUUGGAAAAGUACGAAGCUUUAAAUGGAUAAAUAUUGAUGUUUUUCGGUCGAUCGAAAAAGUGUUUAGUGCAAAUUGAAGGCUAGAACGAAAUGUGAGAAAAUAAAUAAAACACCAGUUUGUUUUUGUUAGGAGAUUAGUAAUUUAAAAAUGGUGCAAAUUUAGAAUCGCUUUAAAUUUUCAAUUCAAAAAUUUAGUUUACUGCUAUAUCUAUAUGGUAGCAGUAGAAGAUGACGACCAACGGAUAUAAUGUGAUAAAUUUUACAAUAAUUGCUGUAUGCGUCAUUGGUAUUACAAAUAUUCCAAAUGUGGAAAGUGCCGUAAGAUGUUUUAAAUGUUUACCUGCUCUACCUCAAUACUACACAAACGAAACAAUCAGACUGUGUAAGGACUUCGACUACUCCGACAAAUUUAUCGUAGACUGUCCAUAUUCAACGUAUUGUGUGAAAAAAAUUACCAGUGCCAAAAUACCAACGGCUAUCAAUGGAACUGAAAGAAACUGCGCUAAUCAAAAACAUGUAAUUCAAAAUUACCACCACGGACAAUGGCAUCAAGAAGUAUCAGUGGAAGAACCAUAUACUCCUGGAUGUCAUAAAAUCAACGACAAAGGUGCUCGGACGUCUUCAAUGGAGUAUUGUUAUUGUAAUUCAGAUUUAUGCAACUCUGCCAGCAGUUACAAUGUACAACUCGGAGUUGGAUUUGUGAUAGCUCUUAUUAUCUUUCUUUUACCAUGAUAACUAUUUCUUUAUAUAAAUGUACAGAAAAUAAUAUUUUCAAAAAAUAGUACCAAAAUUA